AUGCAUCCCCACCGCCGCCCACAAUUCCAUUGCAAUCGGUCACCACUGCCGUGUCGGACUCCAACCUGGCUACGUGGGACAACAUCGCCUCAACGGCUCUUCCUGCACCGCAGCAACGUCUCAAGUGGCUCUACAACCAACCUGUUUCACACAUCUCUGCGCCCCCAGUUUAUGGUACCCCCAUCCUGUGGCCCACCCUUGUCUGCUGCUGCACUGUACUAUCCACCAGCUCAAAAGCCUGACUUACCGCCAUUUAAUCAGGCUAACCCAUGCAUAUGGUUCGCCAUUGUGGACAGUAUUUUUCAUUUUCUCCGAAUUCACGAGAAUGACACAAAAUUUGCUCUCCUCGUCAGUCACCUCCAUAAUUUCACGGAGUUAUUUUCUGACAUUAUACUUGACCCACCUGCACAUGACAAAUAUGUUGCACUUAAACAAGCUAUUAGUGAGCGUGCUGCAUGCUCCAAAAAUGAAUUGUUACACCAAGCAAUUUAUCACAAACCACCCGGAGACCAGUCGCUGUCCCAGUACUGGCGAUACUUACGAGCUAUGGUUCCUAAAGAAGCCCUGCCAGACUACUCCCUUUGGACUAUUGAUGCUAAGCUGCUCCUAGCAGAUGAAGCUUAUGUCCUAUUCAAAUCCCAUCAACCAGUUGCUGGUUCCAACAGAGUUUCAUCGAACAAUCAUUACAUCUUCCUACAGGACGUGAUGCACUCUUCGCCAACUGAGGUUGGGAACUCUGCACACGCAGCCACACAACCGGCUACAUGUGCCAGCAUUAAACCACACACCAAACCGACCGCACCCGGUACCGGGUCAUCCGCCCGGCAGACAGAUGACUCCACGGCUUCUACCAACAGCAACAGGGCUCUGUCAUCAAUCUGCUGGUACCAUGCAACAUUCGGUGAUAAAGCCACGAAGUGCCGCACGCCCUGCUACACUUAA